CUUAACUUGAUGGUAUAGCUGGCUUUGCUUUGACCGAAUAUACCUGAGACAUCUGCCGAUAGCGACACAAAUCAGCAUGAUCACUUUCACCCCGCUCUCGGGUCCUGCCCGCUCUCCUCGUACCAUCCCAUUGGCAUAUCUCCUCCAGGUAGACGAUGUUCGAAUUUUGUUGGAUUGCGGUUCUCCAGAUUGGUGUCCAGAAACCGAAGUGAAGGAUGAGGCUCAAGAGUCGAUUGCGCGCCCCUGGGACACGUACUGUGAUGCUUUGCGAGAAGUCGCGCCUACCAUCGACCUCGUCCUACUAUCGCAUGGGGACCUUGCACACUCGGGCCUCUACCCUUAUGCGUAUGCACAUUGGAACCUCACUGCACCCGCGUACACAACUCUUCCGGUGCAGGCAAUGGCACGUAUUGCCGCGACGGAAGACGUAGAGGGCAUUCGUGAUGAGCAGGAAGUUGUAGAUCUGGAAGAACGCCAGAAGAGUUCGCAUCCGGAAGAUGAUGAUCGUGGAUCUGAACAGCCUUCCAGGAGCAGUCAGACGCCUCCUCUCUCAUCGAAGAAAGGCAGGUACAUUGCAACCUUGCAGGAGGUACAUGAUGCCUUUGACUCUGUGAAUGUUCUGCGGUACUCUCAGCCAUGUCAUCUCCAAGGAAAAUGUCAGGGUUUGACAAUAAUACCGUUCAACGCGGGACACACCCUUGGUGGAACAAUAUGGAAGAUCCGAUCGCCCACCGCUGGAACGAUCCUAUACGCAGUAGAUAUGAACCACAUGCGUGAGCGCCAUCUGGAUGGGACGGUACUCGUGCGACAAGCUUCCGCAGGAGGAGGUAUAUUUGAGAGCCUUGCACGACCAGAUCUCCUCAUCACCGAUGCUGAGCGCGCCAACGUGACGACGGCUCGGAGAAAGGACAGAGAUGCUGCUCUUCUCGACUGCGUUACGGCCACACUGACAUCGAGAAACUCUUUGCUCCUUCCGUGUGAUUCUAGCACACGGGUGCUCGAGCUAUUAGUGCUGCUCGAUCAGCAUUGGAACUAUUCCCGCCUCAAGUUCCCGAUAUGCUUGCUCUCGCGCACAGGCCGCGAGAUGCUCACGUUUGUGCGGAGUAUGAUGGAAUGGCUCGGAGGUACGGUCAGCAAGGAGGAUGUAGGUGAGGAUGGAACCAGUGGAGGGAAGGGCAACAAAAGAAGGCGGGACGAUGACAACGACGAGGACGCGCUGGGCGCGUUCGCUCUCCGGUUUCGACAUUUGGAAUUCUUCCCAAAUCCACAAGCCCUCAUGCAAACCUAUUCAUCCAAGGACCCGAAGCUGAUCCUUGCGGUACCAGCCUCGCUUUCUCAUGGUCCCUCUCGAGCCUUGUUUGCACAAUUCGCCGAGAUCCCCGACAACGUCGUUCUGCUGACGGGUCGCAGUGAGGAGGGAACUCUAGGGCGAAUACUGUUUGAUCGCUGGAAUAAUGCACAGAGAGAGGACGCGAAGUGGGAUCGUGGCAGGAUCGGUAACAACGUCAUGAUGGAUGGCUCCUUACAUCUGCGGAUGCAUGCGAAGGUGCCGUUGCAAGGCGCUGAGCUGGAGGAGCAUCUCCAGAAAGAGCGUGCUGCUCAAGAGAAGGAGGCUGCUCAGAAAGCCGCCCAAGCACGGAACCAACGGAUGUUGGAAGCGGACGAAGGUGAAGAAGAUGAGAGUGAAUCAGACUCGGACGCCGAGACGGACGAGGAAAGCGAGGUAGAAAAGACACUCGCUGACGAUAUGAUGGACACCACGGAGGACUUCAUGGGGUCUGAACGUGUCGCCAACAGGCGCUCGAAGCAGAAAAUUACCAAAGGUGACGCUACGGACAGGACAGAUUGGGGUUUAGUUGACUCGGAUGAGCCUAUUCGGACAUUAUCGUUUGAUAUCUACCUCAAGGGUAACGUUGCGCGGACGACAUCGUUCUUCAAAAAUGCAGAGGGCCAGACUCAGCGGUUCCGUAUGUUUCCAUAUGUGGAGAAGAAGCGACGGGUAGACGAAUACGGCGAGACGAUUGAUGUGGGUUUGUGGCUGCGCAAAGGGAAAGUGCUCGAGGAGGACGCGGAGAGUGAUGAAGUAAAGGAACUUAGGAGAAAGGCAGAGGAGGAAGCAAAGAAAGUCCCCGUAGAGCCUCCAUCCAAGUUCGUAACCACUGAUGUUGAGGUGCAGCUCGCCUGUCGCCUGUUGUUCGUGGACUUGGAAGGCCUCAAUGACGGGAGAGCAGUGAAGACGAUCGUGCCGCAAGUGAAUCCUCGCAGAAUGAUCAUCGUGCAUGCUCCUCCAGCUGCUACUGACGUACUCGUGGAGAGCUGUUCUAACAUUCGAGCAAUGACGCGAGAUAUCUACUCGCCAGUGCAAGGAGAAAACAUACAGAUUGGCCAACACACCAAUAGUUUCUCAAUAUCUUUGAGCGACGAGCUCCUCGCUUCUAUCAAGAUGUCACAGUUCGAGGACAACGAGGUCGGCUAUGUGACCGGCCGUGUAGCGAGCUUAGCAACCUCAACGAUCCCUGUCCUUGAACCUGUGUCAUCCUCGUCGCUAAAGUCUAGCUCCAGCAAUCUCCAGCUACCACACGGCCGCAUCUUAGGCUCACGGCCAACGCGCACGUUGCCCCAGUCGACGAUGAUUGGUGAGCUCAAAUUGACCGCUCUGAAAGCCCGGCUCGCUGCAGUCGGCGUGCACGCGGAGUUGAUCGGCGAAGGUGUGCUGAUAUGUGGGGCCUCUGCGAAAAAGGGUGGCAAUUCCGACUCCUGGGAAGACUCGGUGGCUGUCAAGAAGACCACUCGAGGCAGAGUAGAGCUCGAGGGAUCUGUGUCCGACGUGUACUAUACCGUGCGAAGAGAGAUAUACAACCUGCAUGCUCUCGUUGCAGCCUAGUCUCACAGCCCCAUCACUGUUUUCAAAAAGUUGCUUCAUAUCGUUGUAUUAGCAUUGCAGUUUGUUUCUACAUAGGAGAAUGCUGAGAUUGUAUACAUAUAGAAAAAGAGGAACGCCGUCGGCGAACCUUCGGCAUCUA